AACCUAAAAAGCCUCUCCCCUCUGCUACCCUGCCUUUUUGCUUGGUUUUGCUCUGCUCUGUUCUUCUCUGCCGUGACGCCCCCUAUAUUAUAACUCCUUUGCUCCCUCAGCAGCUCCCAGUUCCAAGAACCCAACCCCCCUCUCCGAUAUAUCCUCUCCGCCACAACUCGUCUCCGUUCUCAGAAUCUCACUGACUGAGAGAGAGAGAGAGAAACAAGAGGUUGCCAUUAACAGGAGAUUGCAUCAGGCCCCUUUCUCCUCCUCCUCCUCCUCCUCCUCCUCCUCCUUUAGUGUUGUGUGUUUCAGCCUCAGCCUAUAGCAAUAAUACUAUAAACUAUUCUUCUCAGCUAGAUUAGAUAUUAUUCUCUCUCUCUCUCUAUCUCUGCCCUCACCACUUGCUCUGUUUCUUCGUCCUUUUUAUCCUCUCAUCCCCCCAUACGUGUUCUUUUCCUCAUUCCAAAGCUUUCUUCUUUCUCUCCUCUCCCAACAAUGGUGGGGAGCUGGGUUCUAUCAGAAUGCGGACUUAAACCCGUCCCCCAAAUAUUCCCCAGACCUACCAGAUCCAAUCUCCCCAGACCCCACAAUGCUGGAUUUCCAAUCUCGGCCGCCGCCUCUGCAGGAGAUCUGCAGCCCCGUUCCCUCAAAAUCCGAUCUUGGGAUCACCCCGGGAGGCGGUGGAGGCUCGGCGUCAGCGCCCCGUUGAGGGUCGCCCCGUUCAGCGAACAAGAAGAUAAGAAUGAGAGGGUGAUGAGGCAGGCAGAGGAGAUAAUCGAAGGCCUCGACGAGUUCGACCCCGGAGCCCCCCCGCCCUUCAAGCUGUCCGACAUCAGGGCGACAAUCCCCAAGCACUGCUGGGUGAAGAACCCGUGGAGGUCGAUGAGCUACGUCGUGAGGGACGUCGUGGUGGUCUUCGCGCUCGCCGCCGGGGCCGCUUACCUGAACAACUGGGUGGUUUGGCCUCUGUAUUGGGCCGCUCAGGGCACCAUGUUCUGGGCCCUCUUCGUGCUCGGCCACGACUGCGGCCAUGGAAGCUUUUCGAACAAUCCGAAGCUGAACAGCGUGGUCGGACAUUUACUCCACUCCUCAAUCCUUGUUCCUUACCAUGGAUGGAGAAUCAGCCACAGGACUCACCACCAGAACCACGGUCACGUCGAGAACGAUGAGUCUUGGCACCCUCUGCCCGAGAAAAUCUUCAGGAGCUUAGACAUGGUCACCAAGACUCUGCGUUUCACGGUUCCUUUCCCCAUGCUUGCCUACCCCUUUUACUUGUGGGGCAGAAGUCCGGGGAAGACUGGUUCCCACUUUCACCCGGACAGCGACCUCUUCAUGCCCAAUGAGCGGAAGGAUGUGACCACUUCCACCGCCUGCUGGACGGCCAUGGUGGGUUUGCUUGUGGGACUCUCGUUCGUGAUGGGCCCUGUUCAGCUUCUCAAGCUCUACGGAAUCCCUUAUUGGAUUUUCGUCACGUGGCUCGAUUUCGUGACCUACCUGCACCAUCACGGACACGACGAGAAACUACCCUGGUACCGCGGAAAGGAAUGGAGUUACUUGAGAGGAGGGCUCACGACCCUUGAUCGGGAUUACGGUUGGAUUAACAACAUCCACCAUGAUAUCGGGACCCAUGUCAUUCAUCACCUCUUCCCUCAAAUCCCUCACUAUCACUUGGUUGAAGCUACCGAAGCAGCGAAACCAGUGCUCGGGCAAUACUACAGGGAGCCGAAGAAAUCAGGCCCCUUACCGUUCCACUUGAUAGGGGCUCUGAUCAAGAGCUUGAAGAAGGACCAUUACGUUAGCGACACCGAUGACGUUGUUUACUACCAAACUGACCCUCAGCUUAGCUGCUCUUCCGGUUCUAAAAAUUGAAGUCGGAGAUUUAGAACUCGUCUAUCGGGUUAAAACACCACAAUGGGGAGGAAGGCCCAUGGAGUCACUAAGAUCUCGAAAAGUUUCCUGUUACACUAGCUCCCGCAUUCAUCCUUGACUGUGACGGGACCGAAUCCAACAAGACGGACAUGCAUCUGAUGUUGGGGAUAACGAAGAAGAAUAUCCCUUUGGUAAAUCGCAGACGGUCAUCUGAUUAUUCAUAGUCCGGGCCACGCGCAAAGAUGCGGGUGGCAAUUCUUUGUCCUCGUGUAUUGUGAUCAAAUGAGAUGUUGUAUAACUGCCUAUUAUUGGAAGAGGGAAUUCAUCUCUUCAGCUUGUACCUGUUCGGAUGAUGACAUUGAAUUGCAUAAAAAGUUUUUGGAGUGGGGAAUGGAUGGGACUAGGGAUCUUUGUUGUCUAUUGAA